CUUGUCAGGGAUCUGAUCCUCUGAAUGGCUACAGUGAUGUGGAAGAAGAGAAACGAUCAAAAUCCUUGAGUCUAUCACCAAAAGAUGAACAGCAUAGGGAUGCAAUGCCACCUUCAAGAUCUUCUUGUCAGGGAUACGAUCCUCUGAAUGUUUUCAGUGAUGUGGAUGAAGAGAGACAAUCAAAAUCCUUGAGUCUAUCACCAAGAGAUGAGCAGGAUAGGGAUGCAACACCACCCUCAAGAUCUUCUUGUCGGGGAUCUGAUCCUCUUAAUGUUUCCAGUGAUGUAGAUGAAAAGAAACGAUCAAAAUCUUUGAGUCUAUCACCAAGAGAUGAGCAGUAUAGGAUUACAACACCACCCUCAAGAUCUUCUUGUCAGGGAUCUGAUCCUCUGAAUGGUUACAGUGAUGUCGAAGAGGAGAAACGAUCAAAAUCCUUGAGUUCAUCACCAAGAGAUGAGCAGUAUAGGGAUGCAACACCACCUUCAAGAUCUUCAUGUCGUGGAUCUUAUCCUCUGAAUGUGGAUGAAGGGAAACGAUCAAAAUCGUUGAGUCUAUCACCAAGAGAUGAGCUCUGUAGGGAUGCAAAGCCACCCUCAAGAUCUUCCAGUCGGCGAUCUUGUCCUUUGAAUGGUUACAGUGAUGAGGAUGAAGAGAAAGCAUCUAAAUCCUUGAGUCUGUCACCUAGCCAUGAACAAUAUAGUGAUGCAACACCACCGUCUACCUUUGCUGGUCAGCAGUUGGAACCUUUGGAGGUUGUCAGUGGUGUGGAUGAAGAGAAACCAUCACAAUCCUUUAGUCUAUCACCAAGUCUAUCUACAGGUCAUGGUCAUCUGGAUGUUGAUAGUGACUUAGUUGGAGAUAAAAUAUCAAGGUCACUGAGUCCAUCAAUAUUAAGGGGGCAGAAAGGGGAUGGAACUCCACCCCUGACUUCAACUCAGGGGAUAGCUCUUGUGGAGGUUGAUAGUGACUUGGAGCAGAAAAAAACAUCCAAAUCAUUGAGCCCUUCACAACUAGAGGAUCAGAAAAGGGGUGAAACUCCACCAGAGUUAGAUUUUCUGGAGGUUGAUGCUGAACAGGAACUUGAGAUUAUGGUGUCAAAGUCCUUGAGCUCAUCACCACGAGAGGAGAACAGCAGUGGAAGAUCUCCUAAAAGAGAUCUGGUUUUCUACAAAGAUUCAACACUUGAAUCCAAAGAAAAUGGAAGCCACUCUUCAGUAUGUUCCAAAGAUGGUAUCCAGUAUGCUGAUAAACCAGACUCAAGUUCCCUUUGUCAAGAAUUUGUUUCAGUGGGUGAUAAUGAUGAUGGGGGUGUCAUAUUAAGAGAAAGGGUGUCAUCAAAAUCCUCCACAAGAUCAUCUCCAAAUGGGGAGCAGAACGAAGACUUGUGCACACUCGUAGAAGACCACCACAAGGAUUCAACUCCAGAACACUUAAAGCCUAAGAGUGGCUCUCAAGCCUCAUCCCCCACUUUAGUAUGCUUGGAUGUUGACAUCCAGGCUGCCCCAACUUACACCUGUGAGGCCUCUGUUCAUCAACUGAACAUCACAUCAAAUGAAGACAUGGCAUCCAAAUUGAGCCCAUCUCCUUCAAAAGAGCAGUAUGCAGGAGUUAUACCUGGUCCAACCACCACGUGUGAAGAGUUCCGGAUAGAAAACACCAUCAAAACCAGUCCACAUGAUGAGACGCUUUCACUACAAGAACUGUCACAAAACACAAGUUCUGUAUCACCCAGUUGCACCCAAGCACUCAUCACGGAGGCUACCGAUAGAUCCACUUAUCAAGAGGUGCACGUGGAUGAUGAUAGCGUUCUCAAACACCAAACAGAAGAGCCAUCAAAGCCAUUGAAACAUUCACUGCCAGAGGUUACAACAUCAGUGCCACAAAUUCUGGAAAAGUACUUCAGUGAUGCAAUGAAAGCGUGCUCCAACACCAUAUUUCAGGCCCUAUUGAAUCAAGUAGUGGACUACUCGGAUGCGAUGAAAGAAGGCAGGGUGUCAAUACACGGGGAAGACCUUGCACAAUCUAAAACUCAUGUUAUAACUCCAGUAGAGCAAGAAGGGGACUCACCUGCAAAACUUUUAGGACAUGAGAGUUGCCACCAACCAACCACCACAGACAUUCUUGAAGAACCUCCUGAAAACUCCAUGGCAGCUCCACAUAGUGCAGAGAACCAGGCCGACUUUACUGACAUCUUAUCAAGACGCCAGAUGUGCAAAGUUCACCCAAUUGCAACAGAAUCACAGGAUGAUAGUGAACACCCUUGUCCACACCAUCUUUUUGAGGUUCCUGAGGAUGAAAAGACAAUCGAGGCCACAAAGGUGCAGUCAACUACCAAAGAAAACAACACAACCUCAUCCCCAAAACCUUUAACUGCUGAAAGCAAAAAGAAUACGAAGCACAAACUGUUGGCUUCAAAAAGGACCCGAAAAUUAAAAAAAGAUGUGGUUCAUAGUUCAGCUCUUGGACUGCCACAACUUCCAGUCCCAGAAACACGUUUCCUGGACAGAAGAUGUUUUAAAAAGGUGAGAAACUUCUUUGCCAGGAUGAAGAGGCGCAAAGUUUGUCCAGAGAAGAGCACAAUUUUUAAAGAAAAGAUGAACGCUCUGCCAAAAGUGCAGGAAAAAAAGACUAAAAUCUCUUUUUUCAGGAGACUUUGGAAAAAGAUUUGGCGGCGGUAAAAAAAAAAAACAAAGUGGCACUUUUUUUUGUCAAGUUCUUUUAAUUCAUCAACGUCACGCUUAUGAUGUUAUGAUGGUCAGGGCCAUGAGCAUUGACAAGACUUGUAUUGACGAGUUUAGAUUUUCGGUGAGGAAGUCUGGGAAAAGUAACUUCUUUGCUGAAAUAUGAAUUUGGGGAAUAUCAAGCAUGUCAAUUCAGAGUCAAUAUUUGCUCUGUAGCACUCAAGCAAAAAGAACAUGAAAGGCUUCGUUUUCCUCAGAUGUGAAGAAAACAUGUUCAUGCUAUUCAUUUUCUCAAUUAGAG